AUGAAUACCAAUACAUAUCCCAAUAAAAUAAAUAUGGGCAGAAAUAUUAUUUCAAGAAGAAAAAGACAAACUUUAGGAUCAUCUCCGUGGGUCGAAAUUAAUGGUCCGCACAGACAAAGAAUUGCUGGAGGUGUUUUAAAAACCUAUAGAAAACUUGAAGAAACAAGUAGAAGACUACAAUCAAGACUUAAUUAUAUGGUGUCUAAAGCACGGUCGGUACAAGAUAUUCAGUUGAGAUAUGCAGCACUUAAAGAGAAAGUUGCUGAUACAGAACAAAUGUUAUUGCUUAAUGGUAUAGAUACAUCAGAAUAUCCAGUAUUUCGUGAAGUAAUACCCGACAUUGAAGAAGAUAGAGAUUCCGACUGUGAAAUUAUUGAUGACAUUAAAUCUGAAAUAAUUCCGGAAUGCGAAAUGAAUGCAGAAAAUUGUAUUCAUUUAGAUGGACAAGAUUUUAAUCUGAGACUCUGA